AUGUGGUCAGCAUCAGGUACUUCAGCUAAGUCAAAGGAUUUAUCAAUUUUGGGAGGAAUUAGUGGAACUGGUAUAACUGGUCGCUCACGUGAUCAAGGAUCGACACAAGCUGGUAUCGCUGGUGGCAGCAGCAGACAACACAGUAAUACAGGAGAUGGUCCAAAUUCAACAUCAAAAGCUGAGUACAGACAAGUGGUUAAAUCGCCUCUAGACCGUUGGUGGUGGCGCUUCGAAUCGCGUCAACCAUAA